GCGUCCGUCGCCGUCUUUUUUUCCCUUUUCCGUUUCCAUUUUCAUCCGUAUCAAUCAGCGGCGGCAGAGCGGCAGCGCAUCGUUGUUGUUUGUCAGUUUGACAGCAGCGGCAGCGCAGCAGCAGCGCAGCGGCAGCGGCCGAGGUAGUGACGAAAGAACCCGGCCAGCAGAAUUCAUUCGCCUUCGCACGCUCAUUCGCAUUUGGACAUUCACUCGAGUAACGCCGGAAUCCGGAUGAAAGACCAGACACACGCACAUCGCGAAACGCGUGUUCCGCCAGAAUAUUGAGAUAUUAAGAUACUGAAAUACUUAGUGUGAUACGAGUUGAUAGAGGAGACGAGUAUUUUCCGAGGAGCAGCCGCCAUCAUAUCUAGUCACAAGGAAAAUCCAAGAAAACUCUCGAACGAAAAUGCUCGAUCAAGACUGAAUAAAAAAAAACACACGCACGAGUAACAACUAAAGCCCCACAAAUGGUUCAACAAAGUAUACGUAAAACAACCACAAAUUAAAGAUAUACCACAACAAAUAUAUUUAUUAACUAAAAUUAAAGAUAAAGAUAAACUAUUACGAAUAUUUAUAUUAAACGGUAUUUUGCUCACCAAAAUUACACUUACAUACAUUAUGUAAACCAGUUACUUAAAUCAACAAACCUAAACGAAGUAUACGAUUCAAUGCAAUUAUUAAAUUAAAUUUAAACCCCACACAACACACAAGUUACAAAAUACGAAAUACAAACGCCUCGAAACAAAAACAAAACAAAUAUUUAACGUCAUUUUUGUCUGCCAUAUGAAAAUUUAUAAAUUUAAACUAAACACAAAUUAAACAAAGUUAUACGCUACGACAACAAAAAUUCUAUACGACAACGUACCAAGUGCAAAACAAAGUAAAAACCAAACAAACAAAUUUUAUGAAUAUUGUGUCAAACUAAAGUUAAGUUCCAAAAUUAAAACGCCAGCAAACCUUGUAGGUUGCUAAAAAACAAACCCAAAACCAACCAAGUUCCCGCAAAUCGUCAAAAUUCAGCAAAAUUUAAAUAUGUUGCACGAGGCUCUGAUGCUCGAGAUCUACAGACAGGCGCUAAAUGCCGGAGCCCUGCCCACAGCUCGUCCCCGUUCCACGGAGUCGGCGAAUUCCAGCGAGCGGUGUCCUUCGCACGACUCCAACUCGUCGGACAACGGCGGUGGUGGUGGCGGCGGCGGCAGCGGCGGAGGGGGUCAUCGGAUGGACGCCGCAGCCCUGUCCGCCGGAGUGAUGCCCGGCGUGGUGCCCAGCAACCUGCACUCGACAUUCCCGGCGGUGCCGCAGUCCCUGCCCGCCCAGCCGCCCUCGAUGGAGGCGUACCUGCACAUGGUGGCCGCGGCCGCCCAGCAGUACGGAUUCCCCUUGGCCGCAGCCGCAGCGGCGGGGGCGGGGCCACGCCUGCCACUCCCACUGGCGAACGAGGCGGCGGCUCCGUUCAAACUGCCCCCGCAGGCAUCGCCCACCGCAUCGAGCAACAACUCGGAGGCCCUGGACUUCCGCACCAAUCUCUACGGGCGCGCGGAGUCGGCCGAGCCUCCGGCCUCCGAGGGCGAGGAGGAGGAGUUUGACGAUGGGGCCAACAAUCCGCUCGAUCUCUCUGUGGGCACCCGGAAGCGGGGCCACGAAUCGGAGCCACAACUGGGCCACAUCCAGGUGAAGAAGAUGUUCAAGUCGGACAGCCCGCCCGCGAAUCCCGUGGCCUCGCCCUCGGCCAGCCAGCUUUUGCCGGGAGUCAAUCCAUAUCUGGCGGCCGUGGCGGCUGCCAAUAUCUUCCGAGCCGGACAGUUUCCCGACUGGAAUGGCAAGAACGACUUGGUGGUGGAUCCGCUCGAGAAGAUGUCCGAUAUUGUGAAGGGCGGAGGAAGUGGAAUGGGCAGCAAGGAGAAGAAGGCCACGCCGCCGCAGGCAGCAGCUCAGCCGCCCAAGAGUCCGGUGCAACCGCCGUCGAACCAGAGUUCCGAAACCGGGGGAGGAGGAUCGGGAUCCGGAUCAGCUGGCGGUGGAGUGACCAAGGCCAGGCACAACAUCUGGCAGUCGCACUGGCAGAACAAGGGGGUGGCCAGCUCGGUCUUCAGGUGUGUGUGGUGCAAGCAGAGUUUCCCCACUUUGGAGGCCCUCACCACCCACAUGAAGGACAGCAAGCAUUGCGGCGUUAAUGUGCCGCCCUUUGGCAAUCUGCCGAGCAACAAUCCCCAGCCGCAGCACCACCACCAGCACCCGGCUCCCCCACCACCGCCGCAGAACCAUAACCUGCGAAAGCACAGCUCGGGAAGCGGCUCGAAUCACUCGCCCUCGGCGAACGUGAAGAACGCCUUCCAGUAUCGCGGAGAUCCGCCCACGCCGCUGCCCCGCAAGUUGGUCCGAGGCCAGAAUGUCUGGCUGGGCAAGGGCGUGGAGCAGGCCAUGCAGAUCCUCAAGUGCAUGCGCUGCGGCGAGAGCUUCCGCUCGCUGGGCGAGAUGACCAAGCACAUGCAGGAGACGCAGCACUACACGAACAUCCUGUCGCAGGAGCAGAGCAUCUCCAUCAAAUCGGCGAAUGCCAAUGCGAACUCGGAUGCCAAGGAGAGCCACAACAGCCUGAGCUCCGAGGAGAGUCGCACCCUCAGCGCAGUGCUCACCUGCAAGGUGUGCGACAAGGCCUUCAGUUCGCUGGGGGAUCUGAGCAACCACAUGGCCAAGAACAACCACUACGCGGAGCCGCUUCUCCAAUCGGCGGGUGCCCGAAAGCGACCGGCUCCGAAGAAGCGCGAGAAAUCGCUGCCAGUGAGGAAACUGCUGGAGAUGAAGGGUGGAGCGGGUGGAAACCAGGACGAUCUGGCGAACGAAAAGUCUGCGGUGCAAGGAAAACCCGGUUUGGGACCUGGUGGAGGUGAUAAAAACGAUGCCGCUCUCUUUGCCGAGCGCAUGCGGCAGUAUAUUACGGGGGUGAAGUCGCCCGAAGAAAUGGCCAAAGUGGCUGCUGCUCAACUGCUGGCCAAAAACAAAUCCCCCGAGCUGGUGGAGCAGAAGAAUGGCAGUGCCAAGGCUCCCGGGGCCUCCUCCGUGCUGAGCGCCAUCGAGCAGAUGUUCACCACCAGCUUCGAUACGCCACCCAGACACGCCAGCCUCCCAGCCAGCAGUCCCUCCAACUCCUCCACCAAAAACACCUCGCCCGUGGCCUCCAGCAUACUGAAGCGACUUGGAAUCGACGAGACGGUGGACUACAACAAGCCGUUGAUCGAUACGAAUGAUCCGUACUAUCAGCACUACAGGUACACCAGUAGCGAAAGGAGCGGAAGCGAGUGCAGUGCGGAGGCCAGGCCGAGAUUGGAUGCCCCGACGCCCGAGAAGCAGCAGCAGCCAGCAGGUCACGAGGAGGAGCCUUCCAAGCCGGCCAUCAAGCAGGAGCUGGAAUCGGAGCCCAUUAAAAUGGAGAUUAAGUCUGAGCUUGCCGAUGAGCAAAAUGAAGGCGAGGAGUCCUCAAAAAUGGAGGCCACUCUGGUCAAUGGCAGUGCCACAAAUAAUAAUAAUAACAAUAAUGUGGAGAGGAGCUCCCCGAAGACACCGUCAUCGGCAGCCAGUCCCCAGACCCGGCUGCUACCGCCCCGCAGUCCCGCCGAGAGUCAGAGAUCAGCCACACCAAAGUCACCAGCCUCCAGCCACAAGUCCUACGACGGCAGUUCGGAGGGCAACAAGAAGUAUCCCAGCGACUCGCUGAACGCCCUGUCCUCAAUGUUCGAUUCCCUGGGCAGCAGCGGAGCAGGAGCCGCCAAUACGAGGGCCAAACUGGCGGCUGCAGCUGCCGCCGGAGGAUCGGAAUCGCCGGAGAACCUCAGCUCGGGCGGAAAUUCGCUGGCGGCCCUGCGACAAUUCUGCGUGAAGAAGGAGAAGACCGCCUAAGUCCGCGAGCCGCGACGAAAAGCGAAACCGAAUCGUUUGCCUUGUUUUCGUUGUUUCGAGCAAAACGCAUUUUCAACCUUUUUUUUGGUUUGCCAGC